CAACAUCACACACGCACCUUUUCCCAUCUCACUUCUUAGCCAAUAGAAUAAAUUAAACCACCAUUAGAUAUAAAUUAUAAACUAUGGACUUUGAGAUUAUUAACGAAUCUCCUGAUUCCACUUCACUCUCCUCCCCCUCUUCACUCUCACCAUGCACACCACCAAACUCUAAUCCACUAAGUGAUUCUCCAAAUCCACAACCAAGUAAUAUAUAUACCAAUCCAUCUCACAAGAGAAAAGCAGGUAGAAAGAAGUUUAGGGAGACACGCCACCCUGUGUAUAGGGGUGUACGGCAAAGGAACAGGAACAAAUGGGUGUGUGAAAUAAGGGAACCAAUAAAAAAAUCAAGGAUUUGGGUAGGGACAUACCCUACUCCUGAAAUGGCAGCUAGGGCACAUGACGUGGCUGUCUUGGCACUUAGUGGCACCUCAGCAAACUUCAACUUCCCCGAUUCAGUUUCCCUUCUCCCACUUGCAAAGUCACGUUCUGCUGUAGAUAUAAGAGAAGCAGCAAAAGCUACUACUACUGCUGAGGCUUUCAUACCAAACACGGUCUUUGCUUGCUCUCACAAGAAUGCUGAAGACACUUGUUUGAACAUUGGCAUGCACGAUGAUGGGUCCGAAAUGUUCUUUGAUGAGGAGGCAGUGUAUAAUAUGCCAGGGUUGUUGGAUAGUAUGGCAGAGGGUUUGCUUAUUACCCCGCCCUCUAUGAAAAGAGCUAUGGAUUGGGACGAUAUCGGUUGUGUAAUAGACCUCACUCUAUGGACAAAUUAAUUGCACAUAUAAUUAAUUACUGCAUGUACUUUUUUUUCUUCUCGUUUCCUAUAAAUAAAAUGUGCAAAAACU